AUUCGGCUUGAUAGUGUCAGUUGCAUCCAGCUCAACCACAUAUGACGUGAGCCCCUUGUGUUCCUCUUUGUCAUUGAUGAAAGUACACAUUGAUAUCUGCUUUUAAAAAUCAGCUACGCAGAUAGGCAUCGGCGCAUCAGCGGUAAAUGUUGAUCAACGGGUGUCAAUCGAUUUGUGAUAACUUACGUGUGUAUACUGGAAAUAAACCGCACUAAAAUUGAACAAUGUUCCAAGCGAAAGCUUUAUACGACUUCCAAGGGGAACCCAACACGCACGAGUUAAAUCUGCAAGCUGGUGAUGUAGUGACAGUAUUAAAAACUGAUUGCAUGGGAGGCUGGUGGGAAGUGAGGAAUGCCUCUGAUCAAAUUGGACUUAUUCCUGGGGCUUAUGUAGAAACAAUUGGUAAAGAAUCAACACAAAAUUCAGAUUGGAAUGCAGCACCUCAACCAGCUGCAACAGAGCAAAAGGAUGAAUGGUAUGAUGAUUGGGAUGAUGACACCUAUUCAGAAAUAGGUCCUAGUGAACCCCAUGAGCAACAGACACAUGAUCCAAUCUAUGCAAAUAGUGGGGAAACAGAGUACAAUCAUUUUGAACCUGGGUAUGACCCUAAAGGCACUGUAUCAAAAAAGAGUUUAAACCGUUUCGGUUCAUUUAUGAAAAACGGCGGCGAAAACUAUUUGCUUGGCAAUGUGAAAGUCACCGUUCCGGACACAUCGAAAAUCUACAUACAAAUAUCCGAGGAAAAUCAAUUCCAAUGGCCAGAGUUAAAUUUAGUACAGACUGUACAAAUCACCAGCCCAAAAAAAGAGUCCAAGUUAAAGGGACUCAAAAGUUAUAUAGCUUAUCAGCUCACGCCAAGCGCGACUAACAUUCAAGUAUCACGUCGAUACAAACACUUUGAUUGGCUGCAUGAACGCCUUAUGGAGAAGUUUAGUUUACUCGCAAUUCCCCCACUGCCUGAUAAACAAAUUUCCGGAAGAUAUGAGGAACAAUUUAUUGAGCGCCGACGAUGUCAGUUAAACGAAUUUAUUAAUUACGUUUGUCGUCAUCCGGUAUUAUCACGAUGCGAUGUUUGGCAGCACUUCUUGACUUGCACCGAUGAGAAACUUUGGAAGCAAGGAAAACGACUUGCUGAAAAAGAUGAACUUGUAAACGCUAAUUUUGCGCUGUGUAUUGAGGCACCGCAGAAAACUCUGCUGCCUUCUGUUUACGAAACUUUAGAAAGUACAAAGGUGCCGUUCAUAAUGCAGUUGGAUAAUAAUUUCAAAAAUACACUUGCUGUGCUGUUGGAUCAAGGAAAGAAGUUCAAAGGACUAUAUGGAAAAGAGUAUCAAAAGGUUGGAAAUACAUUCUUUGCGCUUGGUGCAGCGAUUGAGUAUGAUUCAAAAGCGGUGCCAUGUCAUCUGUCGCAAAAUAUUAAACGGAUGGGAUCGGCGUAUGUUGAUAUUUCGGGGUAUUAUGACGCACAACCAGCGCUUGAUUGGGACUGCCUUGGUGAUAAGUUAUACUUGUACAAGGGCAUCACCAGUUCAUUCCAGCAGAUUUUCAGUACGUGCAGAAGUUUACAAAACAAGCGGAAAGAAAUCGAGAAGAUUCAGAGUGGUAACGUUGUGACCGAAGUUAAAGCGCGUAGCGAUACGUUCACGUACGUCACGCUCGCUGAGCUGAAACAUUUUAAAGACGAACGGGAUCAUCAAUUGAAGGCGAGCAUGAUGCAUUUCUUAGAGGAACAAGUCAAAUUUCAUCAAAAGAUUGCCGCUAGAUUGCAGAAUGUUUUAGACGAUUUUAAACGAAAGUAAUGUGCUAGUCUUAACAUAUGCAAUUAAAUACGAAAGCAAAAUAAUUUUAAUUAAGAGGUACACAUUCAAUGUGCUUUUGUUUCCAAAUAUUGUUUCGAUUUUCAUUUAGGUUUUCAAUGAGAGCACAAUAUUACCAAAUAUUCAAACUAAUGUGAUUUCAUUUAUACAUAUUAAUAUGGCAAAUAUGAAAUAUUUUCUAAGUAUGUAUUCGAAAACGAAACUUGUAUUUUUGUAAAUAUUUAGUAUCCAUUUUAAUGAGUGUAAUCUUCGUAUAUAAUGCAAUAUUAGAGACUGAAAAUGUUUGGAACGUA